AUGCUCAUCAGAGCUGCACCCGAGCUAGGUGUUAUUGAGGUUCACCGGGUUGAGCAAUCCCGCCCCGCAGUUGGAGGUAGAGGGAUUCAGCAACCUGGCCAGAGUGAUGGGAAGGGAGACGCCGAACCACCCUGCCAGGACGAAGCGAUCGAAGCUGCCGAGCGGUCACCUGGCUAUAGCUAUGGCCUGUUUUUCUCGUUUUUUCAUUUCACUCGGUUUUGUAGGAACGCUUUGUGCAGCUUUGUCUUUGUCCACCAGGAGAGGUUCGAAAGGCAAGCUCCACAUAUCGACCGCCACCGUCUCAAUACCCAUCUCAAUAUCGGCUUGACUAUCUUCAUGCGUACCCAACACCUGAAAUCGGAGUCUGCCAUUAUGGGUCAAUGA